CUUAGAAGUCCAAAGAUAAGGAUUUUUUCCUUUGAUUUUUUCUUUUCAAGAAUUUUAAUUCAAAGAAGUUGACAUUACAACUACAUCCUGUGAAAACAUUCCCAUGGUGUUUUUCCGGUGUGGGUAUGAGUUGGAUGAUCUUCAUGAAUCUGCAAAUGCAAGCAAAGCUUUUGCCUUUUGCUUUGCUCUUCCCUACCUGUCACCAUAAUCUAUGAAAUUGAUUAUCUCUCUCUCUCUUUCUAAUAUUUUCUUUGUCAAAGAUAAUCAAAUCAAAAACCCAUCUUUUCCCAUUAAGUAUUAUUCAUAGGUUGUCCUAUUGCUUCACUUGACUUUGUCCUUCUACCUCUUUCAGCUUCUUCAUUGGGUAGGUAACCAAUUCCUUACAAAUUCCAUAAUUUAGUACUGCUAUUGCUUUUACUUGAUAUAUCCCUCUCUCUCUCUUGUAUUCUACUGAAAAUCCAUCAUUAUGUAGUGUAGCUUUACUCAACUUGUUUUCUCUUCCCUAUUAUAAGAUCAUAGAUUUGGAGCUUCAUAUUCAAUACCCUUCAAAGUUGUCCCCUUUUUGAAGAAAUUUCCCCUGUUCCAAUGGAGACCGACAAUGGCGAUUCCAAGUCCAAGAUGGACGACUAUGAAGUGAUGGAGCAGAUUGGGAGAGGAGCUUUUGGUUCUGCUUUUCUUGUUCUUCACAAAAGCGAGAAAAAGAAGUAUGUGUUGAAGAAGAUUCGUUUGGCCAAGCAAACUGAGAAGUUCAAACGUACAGCUCACCAAGAGAUGCCUUCUCCUGUCACAUCAGUCGUCCUGAUGGACUUGAUUGCAAAAUUAAAUCACCCAUACAUUGUGGAAUACAAAGAUUCUUGGGUGGAAAAGGGAAACUGUAUUUGCAUUGUGACUGCCUACUGUGAAGGAGGAGACAUGACAGAGAUUAUUAAGAAGGCCAGAGGAACAAUCUUUUCUGAGGAGAAAAUCUGCAAAUGGAUGGUUCAGGUGUUACUAGCUGUGGACUACCUGCAUUCCAACCGUGUUAUUCAUAGGGAUCUUAAGUGUUCCAAUAUAUUUCUCACAAAGGACGGUGACAUUCGGCUUGGUGACUUUGGACUUGCAAAACUACUCAACACAGAAGAGCUUGCGUCGUCGGUUGUUGGCACUCCCAAUUACAUGUGUCCUGAGCUACUGGCCGAUAUACCUUACGGGUAUAAAUCUGAUAUAUGGUCACUUGGUUGCUGUAUGUUUGAGAUUGCUGCUCAUCAGCCAGCUUUCAAAGCUCCUGAUAUGGCUGGACUCAUUAACAAGAUCAAUAGAUCCAUUUUCUCUCCCUUACCAAUUAUCUAUUCACCCUCACUAAAACAAAUCAUCAAGAGUAUGCUAAGGAAGAACCCAGAACACAGACCAACUGCUGCGGAACUAUUAAGGCAUCCACAUUUGCAACCAUUUCUCCUUCGGUGUCAAAAUGCGUCUUCUGUUUAUCUUCCGGUAUAUCCCACAAACAGCCCAAAGAAGAAAACACCAAAAAAAUCACCUAGAAAACCUAGCAGUGGGACAGAAGGAAGAGAUAAGGAGGCUGGAAUAUCAAAUCAGUUGGAAAAUCUACAUCCAUUUCAGAUAAAUGCUGAUGAACAACCAAGCAGUUCUUCAAACAGUGAGAACCCAGCAUCCACAACUAGCACAGAAGACAACCUUGUAACUAAGAGGGUUGAUCCUACUAGCUUUGCUGUUGAUAUGUCUAACUCUGUCAAUGAUUCCAAAGACAUGUCAACUGAUUCAGAACUAAGUGUUAGCAAUGGAGACAAACAGGUUCCCUUUAAUGGUGUUCCUCAAAAGGACAACACUGACAUGGAAUUAACCUCAGAUAGCGCAUUCAAUUCUCAACAUGAAGAUGAACAAGAGCCGACUACUGAACUUUCUCAGAACUUGCAUGAGGUUGAUAUCAAGCCUGUGACCAGUAAAGAUGAAGAGAUGAUCUGUAAUCUGCAGGUUGUUGAAGAAGCUGGAAAAGAGGGAGAUGCUGUUAGAGCUGGGGAGUGCAAAGAAGUUGUAACAUCCAGUGUUGACUGUAAUGAUAAAAAUGGGUUCCCUGAUGACAGAAGUUCAUCAUCUGCUGUAUGUGAAAAUGAUGUGGAACCUAAAUGCUGUUCAGAGAAAAUGGGUGAUCCUGAAGUGAAAACAGAAGUUGCCAACACAGGUGACUUGUCGACUGAAACUAAUGAUAUACUUCCAUCCAAAAAUGAAGUAGGUACAACGUCAGAAAAUAACAUCUGCUCCUUGCUGACUGAAAAAGAUGAUGCCCGCACAAUUAACCUGUCACCCAGUGAUGUAUCCUUACUGAGUUCGCUUACAGGCCUAGGCCAUGAUGAAGUUAGGAGUGUUUGGGAGAAUCCCAGUCAGCAAAGAGCUGAUGCUCUGGAGUCACUGCUUGAGUUAUGUGCUAGGCUACUUAAGCACGACAAACUUGAUGAGCUUGCUGGUGUUCUAAGACCAUUUGGAGAAGAAGUUGUCUCAUCUAGAGAAACUGCAAUUUGGUUGACUAAAACGCUCAUGUCUGUGCAAAAAUCCAACGGAGAAGGGACAUAAUUUUCAAGAGGUGACUUGCAUUAAUUUAUUGAUUGUUUGUGAGAAAUUGUAUUUUUUUUACAUGUCUUGACAUAAAAGGUGUUUAUUCUAGAGUGGUGUAAUUGCUUGAAGAUAUGAAACUGAAGAGAAAAACUUGUUCUGCAUAUUGUUAUUGACUUUUGUAUUGGCCUUGAUGAAAAAUAAGAACAUUUUUAGUUA